CCCGAGAGCUCGUCAGUUCCAGCCCAGGCAACCCAGCGAUCGCACACAGAAAACCCAUUGGCCUGAAAUUGGAGAAAUUCCCAAAAUAAUGAAGACCCUGAUUGUUCUUGCUUUGCUGGUGGCCGCCGUCUCGGCUCUACCUCAGUUCGGAUUUGGAGGACCUCGAUUUGGCGGACCCGGAUUCGGAGGUGGCGGAUUUGGCGGACCCGGAUUUGGAGGUGGCGGAUUUGGAAGACCCGGAUUUGGAGGUGGCGGCUACGGUGGAGGACCAUAUGGUGGAUUUGGCGGAAAUCCCUAUGGCGGCGGAUUCGGCGGAGGUCCCUAUGGAGGCGGCGGCUUCGGCGGUAAUCCCUAUGGUGGAUUUGGCGGUGGCGGGCGUCAUCAUGGCGGCGGCGGACGCGGUGGUGGCGGAGGUGGCGGUGGUGCUGCCUCAGCAUCGGCCUCGUCAAGCGCCUCAGCCGCCGGUGGGGGUGGCGGUGCUGCCUCCGCAUCUGCCUCCUCAUCGGCCUCGGCCAGCGGCGGCGGCAACUUCUACGGCUAAGCGCGAUGAGAGAAGAUAAACUAGAGCCUAGGUUAAGCUAAGAUAAAUGUUUGAAGAAAGUCUGAAAUAAACAAAAUUUUAAAACCCA